GACGACCGCCACAACAACAACAACAACACAACACACCUCUGCCUUCCCUUCCCCUCGUCUUUUGUGCGGCGUGCAAUGGCAUCACCGGAGCGUGAGGGGUUCUUUGAGGAUACAAGCGAUCGCGUAGCCCUCCUUGAGAACGCAGACAUCACAGCAGGUUACUUUGUAGACAAAGAGCGCGCAAACGGCGGUGACAGUGCAGCAGCCAUCGCCCAUUCGUCCAGUGCAGAGGAUAAGAUGGUCCAACGGAGAGAUCAUGACGAUGCGAGCCCUGCUGCAUUCAAUGGCAGCAAUGAGCUGGGUGACAUGACUGAGCCCCUCACUCUGGACGACAGCAAAGGCACAGACAAGGAGCAGGCGAUCGAGCCCUUUGACGAAAUCGAUCAAAGUGCCGCGAUUCCAAAGACGCUCACCAUGUGGAACGGCGUGUCGUUCAUUGUGGGCACGAUGAUUGGAUCGGGCAUCUUUGCCAGCCCCGGUUCCGUGCUGCUGCAGUCGAAAUCCGUCGGCGUGUCCCUCCUGGCGUGGGUACUGUCUGGCAUCGUUGCGCUCAUUGGGUCGGCGUGCUACGCGGAGCUGGGCACGGUGGUACCUGAAUCGGGCGGCGAGUACGUGUACAUAAACGCGGGCCUCAACCGGUUCCUGGCCUUCCUGUUCUCUUGGGCAAGCUGCAUGAUCACGCGCCCUGGCAGCCAGGCCAUCAUGAUCCUUGUUUCGGGGGAGUACCUGGUGCGCCCGUUCUACACGGGAGGGCGCGAACCGCCCGUGUGGGUACCAAAGGCCGCGGCCAUCGUGCUGAACACGCUCAUCGUGCUCAUCAACAGCGUCAGCGUGAAGGCUGCCACACGCCUGCAGAGCUAUUCCACCGCGCUCAAGGUGCUGGUGCUGGUUGUCAUCUCCAUUGUUGGGCUGGUAUUUCUUGCACGCGACGCAUCAAAGGACGGCACGCCAGCCCACGACAACCUCUCCAACGGAUUCAAGUCAACAUCAGGGACCGUGACCGCGGGCGCGUUUGGGCUGUCCGUCAUCAAUGGGCUGUGGUCAUAUGACGGGUGGAACAACCUCAACUACAUCACGGCAGAGAUGAAGAAACCUGCACGUGAUCUGCCCCGCGCCCUCUUCAUUGGCAUGCCGCUUGUCAUCGUCAUCUACCUGUUUGUGAACGUGGCGUACUUUGCCGUGCUGCCCCUCGCCUCCAUCGUCGAUUUCGAGAACAACACGCCAAACGAGAGCUUUGCGGCCGACUUUGCGAGCGCCACCAUGGGCGCUGCAGGGCUGGUGGUCAUCCCUCUCUGUAUCGCCCUCUCCGCGUUUGGCGCUGCCAAUGGCUCUGCGUUCACUGGCGCGCGCCUUGUGCGUGAGAGCGCGGUUGACGGCCAUUUCCCAGCCGUUUUUGGCAAUCUCUGGUCUCUCUCUGCAGGGUCCCGUGCUCCCGUCCCCGCGCUCCUCUCCCAAUAUGUCCUGAGCUCCAUCAUGAUUCUCACGGGAAACUUUGAUGCACUGGUUGCGUACUUCAGUGCAGCGGCUUGGUUCUUCUACUUCCUCGCUGUUCUCAGUCUUCUUCGUCUGCGCAGAAUACGCAAGAGCGCCCCGCGCCCCUUCUCCGUGCCGUUGGUCGUGCCCAUUGUGUUUCUCGUGAUUGCCUUUUUUCUUGUGCUCUCGCUGAUCAUACAAGCACCCACCGACUCCCUGAUCUCCCUCGCCUUUAUCCUCAGCGGCGUCCCGUACUACUACUUGCAACCACGCGUCAUCAAGUGGUUCCGCCAUCGUCGCAAGCACAAGUACACAACAGUCAACAUUGCACCUGCAGACCUGCACGAACUCUAGCUCGGCCCUUCCUUUGUCCUGUUGUUCCUCCAUCACAUCACACUUCCUCCCUUGUAUUUCUUUCCUUCCUUGUUCCCUUGCUGCUCCUCCACGUUUGUGCUCUUGCGUCGUGUGCACACCAAUGAACGUGGUGUGGUGUGGUGUGUAGCUGCUUCUGCUGCUGCUGUAUGCCUGCUUCUCCACAACACUCUUUCUUCUCUGUAACCGCUGUUAUUACUGCUCUUGCCUGCAUGUCUUCUUCCAGUUGCAGCCCUCACUUGUGUCUCACUCGCGUGUCCUGUGCACUUCUCAUGCACGCUUGUGACGAGAGUUCUUGGCAUUUACUGGUGUCGAUGAAACAUUGUGACAACAAAACAAAACCAAACAAACGGC